CUCUCUCUCUCUCUCUCAUUGAAGCCCUUCUUCUUCCAACAACAUAGUAUAUAGUCCAGCCCGAGUUCUCCAUUCCCGCUGGAAGCUUUAAUGGCGAAAACCUCACAGCCACGGCAAAACCAGAAGGAAGAUCCAGACUCCAAGAAUGAGGGCAGCAGCAUCAAGAACGCGGCCACGAAGCCCAAGGCGAAGCGCACCCGCAAGAGCGUCCCCCGGGACUCGCCGCAGCGUCGCAGCUCCGUUUACCGCGGCGUCACCAGGCAUCGAUGGACGGGCCGAUACGAAGCUCAUCUGUGGGACAAGAACUGCUGGAACGAGUCGCAGAACAAGAAAGGAAGGCAAGUGUAUCUAGGGGCUUACGACGAUGAAGGAGCCGCAGCACAUGCGUAUGACUUGGCCGCAUUGAAGUACUGGGGACCAGAAACCGUCCUUAAUUUUCCGUUGUCUGCAUAUGAAGAGGAGCUGAAGGAAAUGGAAGGCCAAUCGAAGGAAGAGUACAUUGGAUCCUUGAGAAGAAAGAGCAGCGGAUUUUCCCGUGGAGUCUCGAAGUACAGAGGAGUUGCAAGGCACCACCACAAUGGUAGAUGGGAGGCUCGAAUUGGGAGAGUGUUUGGCAACAAGUAUCUAUAUCUCGGGACUUAUGCUACCCAAGAGGAAGCGGCCACAGCAUAUGACAUGGCUGCCAUCGAGUACCGGGGGCUCAACGCGGUCACCAACUUUGACCUCAGCCGUUACGUCAAGUGGCUCAGGCCCGGCGCCCCGAACGACUCCGGCACCGACCCAAGCUACUCCCGGCGGAGCCCCAGUGGGGGCGAGGCGGGCAGCGGGGACGUGGCGGGGCCCUCCCCCCACCGAGGCGGCCCGGCCUCCUCGGCGCUGAGCCUCCUGCUGCAAUCGUCCAAGUUCAAGGACAUGCUGGGGAGGACGAGCUCGGCGGAGGACCCCGGGUCGACCACGUCCUCCUCGGAGUCCGAGGCGCCCCGCCGGAUCUUCCCGGACGACAUACAGACCUACUUCGACUGCCACGACGCGGGCGGGUUCGGGGACGACGGCAUCUUCGGCGAUCUGAACUCGUUCGCUUCCCCUAUUUUCCACUGCGAGCUCGACGUUUAGCUUGGCAGCAGUCAUUACGGAGAUUAAUUAGGGUCGAGAAAAAUUUCGGGCAACUAUCGUU